GCGCGCGCCGCUACCCCGAGCGGCGCCUCGCCCUCAGACCCGUCUGCGGCCCCGGGUCCUGAGUACGCAGGCCCCUGCCGCCGCCAUGCGUGUGCUGAACGUGGCCGAGAAGAACGACGCGGCCAAGAGUCUGGCUGGCCUGAUGUCCGGAGGCCAGGCGCGUCGGCGUGAGGGCCUGUCCAAGUUCAACAAGAUCUACGAGUUCGAGUACGAGCUGCAGGGCCAGCGGUGCGAGAUGACGAUGACGUCCGUCUCAGGCCACCUGCUCAACUACGAGUUCCCCGCCAGCUACAGGAAGUGGAUGAGCUGCAGCCCAGUCGCGCUCUUCGACUGCCCGGUGGUGAAGCAGUGCUUGCAGGACUACGAGCCCAUCAAGAAAACCCUCGAGCGGGAGGCGCGCCGCUGUCAGUUGCUGGUGAUCUGGACCGACUGUGACAGAGGCGAAAACAUCGGCUUCGAGGUGGUGGACGUGUGCCGCGCCGCCAGGCCCGGUCUGCGCGUGCUCAGGGCGCGCUUCUCGGAGAUCACGGCCGCCUCGGUGCGUCGGGCGGUGGCCAACCUGCAGCAGCCGGACGCGCGCGCCAGCGCCGCCGUCGACGUACGGCAGCAGCUGGACCUGCGCAUCGGCGCCGCAUUCACCCGGUUCCAGACACUGCGCCUAAAGCAGGUGUUCCCGGCCAGCCUGGCCGACCGGCUCAUCAGCUACGGCUCGUGCCAGUUCCCCACGCUGGGGUUCGUGGUGGAGCGCUACAAGGCCAUCCAGAGCUUCAUUCCGGAGCAGUUCUGGAAGAUCCGAGUGGUCCACCAGGUGGAGGGGAGGUCGGUGGAGUUCAACUGGAAACGCGUGCGGCUGUUUGACCAGCUCUGCUGCCAGGUGCUGUUCGAGAAGUGCUGCGAGAGCAGCACGGCCACCGUCACCGCCGUCCAGUCCAAGCCCAAGUCCAAGUGGCGCCCGCUGCCUCUCGACACAGUGGAGCUGGAGAAGCUGGCGUCGCGGAAGCUGCGCAUCUCGGCGAAGGAGACGAUGAAGCUGGCUGAGAAGCUGUACACGCAGGGCUUCCUCUCUUACCCGCGCACGGAGACCAACAUCUUCCCCAAGGAGCUGAACCUGGUGCCGCUGGUGCAGCAGCAGGUCAACGACCCCAACUGGGGAGGGUUCGCCGCUCGGCUGUUGGAGACCGGCGUCAACCCGCGCCAGGGCAAGAAGACGGACAACGCCCAUCCGCCUAUCCACCCGACCAAGGCGGCGCCGGGCCUGACCGGCAACGAGCAACGCCUGUACGAGUUUGUGGUGCGGCACUUCUUGGCCUGCCUGUCUGCCGACGCCCAGGGUCAGGAGACGCUGGUAGAGGCCGACGUCGCUGGAGAGAAGUUCUCCGCCAACGGGCUGGCGAUCACCGCGCGCAACUACCUGGACGUGUACCCGUACGACAAGUGGUCGGACAAGGAGCUGCCGGUGUACAGGCGGGGUGACCAGUUCGCGGCCGAGCUGUCGAUGCCUGUGGGCGAGACGUCGCCGCCGUCGCUGCUGACCGAGGCUGACCUGAUCGCGCUGAUGGACAAGCACGGCAUCGGCACGGACGCAACGCAUGCCGACCACAUAGAGACGAUCAAGUCGCGGCUGUACGUCGGACUCGAGGACAACAAGUUCACGCCGGGCACGCUGGGCAUGGGCCUGGUGGAGGGCUACGACAGCAUGGGCUUCCAGAUGUCCAAGCCCAACCUGCGCGCCGAGCUGGAGGCCGACCUUAAGCGGAUCUGUGAAGGCACGCGCGACCCGGACACCGUGCUGCGCGAGCAGAUCGACCGGUACCGGGGCGUCUUCGAGGAGGCCAUGAGACAGGCGCAGAAGCUGGACCAGGCCCUGUCGCCGUACCUGGGGGAGGCGCCGACGGCCGGCGCCGCGCCGGGUGUCGGCGUCGACCUGCAAGUGCCGGAGACGGUCUGUCAGUGCCCCGGCUGCGGCCAGCCCAUCAUCAUCAAGACGCGUCGCGAGGGCACCGGCUUCCUGCUCUCGUGCUCGGCCUUCCCGGCCUGCCGCGUGCACAUGUGGAUGCCGGCGACGGUGGAGGCGCUCGCGGCCGCCUACGCGCCCUACUACCCGCGCCGGCACACGGCCUGCGUCGGCGGCUGCGACGCCGAGUUCAUGGAGACGGUGGGGCUGCGGCCGCUGGCGGCGCCGGCGCCGGGCGCCGGUGCCAGUCAGCGGUCGGGAGACAGCGGAUACGGCAGCUCACUCACCCAAUCACGCACGUCGGUAACAUCCAACAGCCAGUCACGGCCGAGCGCCGCCACCAAUCAGCGGCCGGCGGCGACGCCCUUUAGCCAAUCACGUCCUGCGGGGACGUCUUCCAGCCAAUCACGUCUGGCCACCGCCGCUGCCAAUCAGAGACCGGCAGCGACACCCUUCAGCCAAUCACGUGCGACAGCAGCUCCGGCCAGCCAACUGCGUCCAUUUGCGGCGACCAAUCGGUGGCCGCCGCGUGCGGGAGGCCCCGCCCCGUCGGUCGGCGACGGCGAGAACGGCGCCGUGUGCGACUGCGGCCAGCCGGCGCUUCAGCUCACCGUCCGGAAGGAGGGGCCGAACAAAGGUCGACAGUUCUACAAGUGCGGCGCCGGCUCGGCGCCCGGCCAGGGCUGCAACUUCUUCCUGUGGGCGGACGACGGGCCCGCGGCGGCGGCGGCGGCGGCGCUGCCCGGCUCCUCGCCGCAUCUGCCCGGUACGCUGGAUGACGUCACGUGCAACUGCGGCCUGCCGCCCCGACGGUGCACGGUGCAGAAGGAGGGGCCCAACCGGGGCCGCGAGUUCCUCGGCUGCUCCAAGCCGCGCAGCGAGAGCUGCCGCUUCUUCCAGUGGUGUGACGAGCCGUCAUCGGCGCCGGCCGGCGGGCCGCAGGGCUUCAGCCAGGGCUGGGGCCGGGACCCCUCGCGGUCUCGCGGCACGUGUCUCUCCUCGCUCGGCGGCGCCUGUGGCCUGGACUCGAACUGGUGCUCGAACUCGAUGAACUGCUUCGACUCGAACUCGAACUGCUUCGACUCGAUGCUCGAACUGGAUUGA